UACUUUUCUUGUACCGUUAUAUACGUAGAUGUUACACUGAGGUUAAAGCCAGUUUCUUAUUAAACAUGUUAAGUACUGAAACACUUGAAGGCGAUUUUUAAUGUGCAAGUCGAUCACGCAACAUAAAUUACAGUUGGAACAACUAUAGUUGAUGAUUGUCUACGAUAUCGCUUCUACGCGGUAGCUGCCUUUUGUUUCCGACAUCCUUAAAUAUCGGGACCCUCCUUCGAAAAGGUCAUUUGAGACACUUCUAAUUGUUUGCGUUGGAAACUCCCGCCUGAACAUCGAUUGAGACGUGUGAUUACAUUGUGACACAUUGACUACAGAGAGUAAUAUAAUCAUAUACCAAUUCAGUCUCACCACAAGCUAGUCAAUUAUUCUAGUUUAGGAAUGAACUAUUGCAAUCAUUAAUAUAGGAAGAGUUAGCAUUCUAAACAUCGAACCCGACGAUGAAAUACGGAGGGGUGACGUAUGUCUUCUUAUUCCUCGUCGUUGUGCCCCUGAUCGAACAAUGCCAAGCAGCUUCGAAAUCAAACGAUGACGACGUAAGAGAAUUACAGAAUCAAACGGUCACAAUUUUAAACGGGAUACUUGAUGGUUAUGAUAAAAGGUUACGGCCUGGGUUCGGAGGACCACCUAUUACGGUUCGUGUUAGCAUGUAUGUUUACAGCAUGGGACCAGUGACAGAGGCCAAAAUGGAGUACACAAUGGACCUUUACUUCCGUCAACAAUGGCGUGAUGAGAGAUUACAAUUCAAUGCUGACUUUGGUUUGGCUCUAAAUGCAGAGAUUCUCGAUAGUUUUUGGAUACCUGAUAUCUAUAUUAUAAAUGAGAAAUCAGCCAAUUAUCAUACCAUCCUUUAUAAGAAUUCUCUCCUUCGUAUUGAACCCAACGGAGACAUGCUCUUCAGUACAAGAUUGACCAUUACGGCUAGUUGUAACAUGGAUCUUUCACACUUUCCCUUUGAUAAACAACGCUGUUCCCUAGACAUGGAAAGCUAUGCAUACAGCGAUAAUGAUGUUCAAUUUAUUUGGCUUGAAAAUAGUCCAGUCUACGUUGAUCCUGCUAUUUCACUACCUCAGUUUAAAUUCCUAGCCUCAAGUACCCGUUCAAGAAUCGCUGAAUACUUUGUUGGGAACUACACGGUCGUCAGUGCCGACUUCUUCCUCGGGCGUGACAUCACUUAUUACGUCAUCCAGACUUACAUUCCGUCAUCAAUGAUCACGUGUUUAUCAUGGCUAUCAUUUUGGAUCAACCGCAAUGCCGUACCGGCUCGUGUUGCUCUUGGUAUUACUACGGUACUGACGAUGACCACGCUGGUUGGCAAUGCAGGCAACUCCCUCCCUAAGUUAUCUUAUAUUAAAGCUAUCGACUUGUUUCUUGGAAUGUGUUAUAUUUUCGUGUUUGCUGCCCUCUUGGAGUACGUAGUCGUUAUUUAUUAUGAUCAACCUCGUUACCAGAAAGCUCGUCAACUCAUGAAAGAGUUCUUAGAGAAUGGACAAACAGCAAAAGAAGAUGCAGCCAAGACAAUUGACGUGGCUAUUGAUAUAGAAGACGAAGGAAACUCACGAUCACGAUCCGAACAAAACGGACGAACGUCGAGUCGACCUCCUACAUCACAGGACAUCUCCCGGAGCAUGCAGGCGGAUGCCAAGCGAAAAUCGGGCGACGAUUACGGGUUCAUUGAGGGCAAGGUAUCUAAAGAAGAGCCAGAUUGCAUGGAAGAGACUCUGUGCUCGUACACGCAGUCGUUCAGGGAAAAGAUUUGCGUCUUUGGGUUCAACCCGUACUCCGUCGAUAGGGUAUCUCGUAUCGUCUUCCCGCUCGUGUUUUUCACCCUAAAUCUAAUAUACUGGUUGGUCUAUUUAGUCUUUGAUAACAUUACAGUUGAAGAUCUCAAACACACGAACACAUUAUAAUAAUAACUGUUUGGAUUACAAUAAAAUGGAACUGAACAUUUCCGUUGCUUCGGAUUUGAAUCAGGAACCCUGGCUCUCACGAUCAGUACCUGCUGAGCUAUUUGUGUACCCGUCGAGAUAUAGCCAUUAGAGCUGCUUAUCAUGCAAGCCAGGAUCCCUGGGUUCAAAUCCAGGUCGGAGCGGUGGAAUUUUCUUGACGCCUGACUUUAUCUUUGGUAAUACGUCAGUCACAUUUGCUUUACUUCGGCCGUCCGGCGAGUUGGAAACAGCCGUUUAACCGUUUUGUAAUACAUGUAGCUACAUACUGUAUAGGUGUUUUGAAGAAAAAAAAAAUCAAUAAAACGACUGCGCGCGAUAGAGCAAAUGUGACUGAGGUAUAAACGGUCAGUAGGCCUAAUGUGAUAGAUCUACACUCGAGUAUAACUUACACUUAUUGAAUGCAUUUCUAUUAACUAUUGGGAUAAUGAUAUCUUUUUAGCGUUUAGGAUUGGAAUUUGAAUAUAUGCACCCUCUCUUAGUUAUGCUUUAUUUUAUUUUUUUUUUGGAUAGCCGUUUGAGAACUUACUAACAUAUUUAUUAAUUGGAUAUCAGAAAGCUACUGACAAAGAUUGUUACCUAAAAUUUCCAUCUCAUCCAAUGGUUGAGAAGGUGUUUUAUAUAAACAUAACUCAUUUUCGCAGAAUGAUAUUCUAUUAUGUCCGGGCGCCCGCUCAAAUGAAAAUCUGACGUGAAAUCAAAAAAAUGAAAGUGAAUCCCUUCCAUUAUUUUGAUUGCCUGACUUUUUUAAAGGAAAUUAUCAUUGAAAUAAUACGGUUAUCAUUACACUUGGUUGAAAAUACAAAGUGGUUUUUCAUUAAUCUUUAAAUGAAAACGCAAAACAUGCAUUUCUUAUCAUUUCUUCGACUAAAUAAAGUCCUCAGUAAUAUCCAUCGACUGAAGCUUAAAUCUAAUCGUUUAUUUGAGAUUUCGUUGUUUGCCGAUCCUAGCUCGAUAGGGCAUAGAAUUCUCAUUAAACUUACAACAUUCCUUUUAUCACUCAUUUAUUAAUAAGUGUACGCGAAUUUUAUAAGGCUUGUCAUUUGAUGCAAGGUAAAAUAGCAAUACCACGGACUUUCAUGGUGUAGUCGGGCUCAUUAGACCUCCGCAUUAGACCAUUCGGCCACGGCACCUCUCUCUGCCAAUAAUAAUGAAGUCAAUCGUGUUAGUCCUAGAGAGAUGAUAUUAUUUGAUCAUUUGAGAGUUCUCUGGUCAUUGUAUUAUUCUUUGUACUAAAGAGACUUUCUUCUCUGGUGAAAAUAAUGCAUUUGAAAUGAUAUUGCAUGUUUUGUGUCAUUGAUUAACAAAAUCUAUGAACGUUUUCUAUACAUUAAUACAUUUGCAUUCGGAAUUAGUCAUGAUGGUCAAACAUAUUUUACUGACCUGCUGACCUAAUAUUCGAUAUUCAAGACAAAGGCCUAUACGUAUUGAUUAAUUGCAUGCAUUUUAUACACUCAUAAAAAUAUGUUAUUCAAGCAAUAUUAUUUUCCCCUGCUUCAUGAAUGCUGUUAUCAAUAUAACUGACAUAAAACAUGAAAAAUUAAGGUCUACUGUGAGAACCUUAUGAAUGGAUGAAUUUGAAUGUUUCAUUCUGGACUAUUUUUAACAAUGUGUAUUCGUAGAUUAUAAGCGCUUAGAUGAAUUUGCUUUCGGUGAUAAACGCUAUAUUGUCAAAUAUUAUGGUUAUUAUCAUCAUUGUUAUCAUUGUUGUUGGGUAUAGCAUUUGGCAAUGGUAAUGAUAAGCACCGUACGAGUAUGUUGGUGUUAUGAUUAUCUUUGUAGUGUAAAUAAGUCAAUGAUGGUAUGUCUGCAUUGAACAAUCAGGAGUCCGUUUCACAAAAUUUGUUAAAAUAACAAAUAACAGUACAAAGCUACUGACAUCCUUCAAACUGAUUGGCUGAUAGCAAAUUUGUUAUAGAACUUGUGCAUUGGUUAUGAACAAAUCUUUCAGAAACGGGAUCUAGUAGAGUUAUUUAAAACAUCUUUCAAACAAGUUUAUACAUCGUACUUUAAAAACAUGAUCUUUUCAUACGAAAAAUACAUGAUU